UUUCGACCAAUCAGAGCACAGAAAUUCCCCUGAAAGCUGCGUUCUGAUUGGCUGGGCGGGCGCGGGACGGCAUCACGGGGUCAGGUCAACGCAGAGAGGCACGGAGGGACGCUGAGAGGAGGCUGCAGAAGACUUAGAGCUCAAAUUUGUGACUUUUAUUUUAUCUGAGUGAGGCAGCCCAAGGCGGGUCGUCCACCAUGGGCUCCAUAUUCCGGAGUGAGGAGAUGUCCCUCUGCCAGCUGUUCCUCUCCAGCGAGGCGGCGUACAACUGUGUCUCAGAGAUCGGGGAGGUCGGCCUCGUGCAGUUCAGAGAUCUCAACCCUGAUGUGAAUGCCUUCCAACGCAAAUUCGUCCAUGAGGUGCGUCGGUGCGAUGAGAUGGAGCGCAAGCUGCGGUACCUGGAGCGGGAGAUCGUUAAGGACAAGCUGCAGAUUCUUGACAAUGGCGAGAACCCCGAGGCACCCCAGCCCAGGGAGAUGAUCGACCUGGAGGCCACUUUUGAGAAGCUUGAGAAUGAGCUUCGUGAGGUGAACGCCAACGCGGAGACUCUCAAGAAGAACUCCCUGGAGCUGACGGAGCUGAAGCAUGUCCUGGCCAUCACCCAGCUCUUCUUUGAUGAGGAGGCACAAUCUUCCCUCACUGAACAGCGUGACUCAGAGCCCAACAGCAGCAUCACCCAGAACCUGCUGCCGGCCGAGGAGGGCAAGGGACCCGUCCAGCUGGGGUUCGUGUGCGGUGUGACCAACCGUGAGCGCAUGCCCAUGUUUGAGCGCAUGCUGUGGCGUGUGUGUCGUGGCAAUGUCUUCGUGCGGCAGUCCGAGGUGCCACAAGCCUUGGAGGACCCAGUGACGGGUGAGGACGUGCACAAGACCGUCUUCAUCAUCUUCUUCCAAGGUGAGCAGCUCAAGACCAAGGUGAAGAAAAUCUGCGAGGGCUGCCGGGCCACCAUGUACCCCUGCCCCGAGAGCGCCCAGGAGCGCAAGGAGAUGGGGCACGGCGUGGAGGGGCGCCUGCAGGACCUGAGCACGGUGCUGAACCAGACCACCGACCACCGCCACCGGGUGCUCGCCGCAGCCGCCAAGCACCUGCGUACCUGGUUCAUCAAGGUGAAGAAGAUCAAGGCCAUCUACCACACCCUCAACAUGCUCAACCUGGACGUCACCAACAAGUGCCUCAUCGCCGAGUGCUGGAUCCCCAGUCCUGACAUGGGGGCUAUCCGCAGCGCUCUCAUCAAGGGGACGGAGCGUUCUGGGAGUUCGGUUGAGCCCAUCAUCAACCGUAUGGCCACCGACAUGAUGCCACCGACCUUCCACCGCACCAACAAGUUUACGAUUGGCUUCCAGAACCUGAUUGAUGCCUACGGUGUUGCCAGCUACCGUGAAGUGAACCCAGCCCUGUACACCACCACCACCUUCCCCUUCCUGUUCGCUGUGAUGUUCGGUGAUGCCGGACACGCCAGUAUCAUGCUGCUCUUUGCCGCCUGGAUGGUCCUGCGUGAGAAGCAGCUCAUUGCCGCCAAGAUGAGUGGUGAGAUCUGGAACAUCUUUUUUGGGGGUCGCUACAUCCUGCUGCUGAUGAGUCUCUUCUCCGUCUACACCGGCAUUAUCUACAACGACGUCUUCUCCAAGUCCUUCAACAUCUUCGGGUCAUCUUGGCAUGUUGGAAAGUCAGCCAACGCCACCGAGGACAACCUGAAACUCUGGGGCGAGAUUACCCUCAACCCGGAUUACAGUGACCAGUACUCCACCAUUCCCUACCCCGUGGGCUUUGACCCAAUCUGGCAGAUUGCAGUCAACAAGAUCGCCUUCCAGAACAGCUACAAGAUGAAGAUUUCCAUCAUCAUCGGCGUCUUCCACAUGAUCUUCGGUAUCAUGGUGUCCCUAGUCAACCAUAUGUUCUUCCGCAAGUACGUGAGCAUCGUGUUCGAGUUCAUUCCUCAGAUCAUCUUCCUUGUGGCGCUCUUCGGGUACCUCUGCAUCAUGGUCUUCUACAAGUGGGUCAACUUCGGGUGCGGUGAAGCCUUUGACAGUCGCCACCAGGCCAACUGUGCCCCGUCUGUCCUCAUCUACUUCAUCAACAUGGUCCUGCUCAAGAAAGACGAUCCUCUUCCUAACUGCGACCAAUGGAUGUACGAGGGCCAGUACACCGUCCAGGUGGUGCUGCUGCUCCUGGCGCUGAUCUGUGUGCCCCUCAUGCUCUUCCCAAAGCCAUUUAUCAUGAGGUCACAGCACAGAGCUCGGGCCAUGCAGCAACAAAUGGUCAACAACAGUACUGCCACUGUGGAAGAAAAUGGAGACACACCAGCACCUGUCCAUGAGGAGUUUGAGUUUGGCGAGGUGUUCAUCGAGCAAGCCAUCCACACCAUCGAGUUUGUGUUGGGCUCCGUCUCCCACACCGCCUCAUACCUCAGGUUGUGGGCGCUGUCCCUGGCUCACGGCCAGCUUUCCGAGGUGCUGUGGAACAUGGUGAUGAAAAUUGGUCUGCAGCAGUCAUCAGCAGUGGGCUGUGUGCUGCUGUACCUAAUCUUUGCGGCGUGGGCGGCCCUCACCGUGAGCAUCUUGGUGCUGAUGGAGGGACUGUCCGCCUUCCUUCAUACACUCCGUCUCCACUGGGUGGAGUUCCAGUCUAAGUUCUACAAGGGUGAAGGGUACGCCUUCGCACCUCUCACCUUCAAGCACAUUAUGGCCGGGGACGACGAGGAGCCUUAGAGCGCCACCGCUGCAGCUGCUGCCUAAAGGGACUCUUCGUGGCAGCUGUGUGGUGGAUGUACAUCAGACGCAUCAAAAUAUUGUACUUGUAGUUAGUGGUACAGUCCAUAGUGAUAAACCUGUAAGCGAUCAAUAAGAGUGAGAACAUAAUGUAGAAUAUGUUGGUUGUGUACCAAGAACAAACAAGAAAUUUUGAUUGUGAAUCAAAGUUAUAUUUUUAGCAAGCAAUGAAUUUUAAUUAUAUUGAGCAAUCAAUUAAAAGUGAGUGAUGUGUAACUUGUUGGUUAUAUGUCUAGAACAAAUAAAAGCUAUUUUGAUUAUACUUUUGAAGUGAAUUAUAUAUUUUUAACAAAUAAUAAAUUGAAAUUAUAUUAUAUAAUUAUUUUAUGCAUUUAAAUUUGACGAACAUACAAUAUAUUCAAUGUACAGCAAAUAAAAUCCUAUUUAA